UUUAAUUUUAAACUUUAAACAAAAUUGUUUUUUUCAAAUGGAUCAUACAUUAAUUAUUCUUUUACAACUAUCAGUGUCCGUUAAUUAGAUUCUUUGAAAUUUGGAAGUUCCUGCUUAGCCGAAAUUAUGGCGACUGAUGUGGAAGAGAAACCAAAUCUAGCUAGAGACCAUGGAUUCGAUAUCAGCAUGCAAGAUAACACCAUGGCUGUAUCGACAAGUGCUUUAAAAGAAUACCAGAAGAAAGUUUCAGUACUCUAUAAUGAAUUUAUCAAAGACAUGAAUGAACAUCUGAGAGAAGAAAAGAAAGUCAGAAAAGUAUUUACACAACUACGUAAAGAGAAACUGUUGAACAGUCAGUACUCCUUGUAUAGGUCUGAUGGUGCCGAUCUUUUCUCAAAGGCAACCGCAGAUAGGUCUAAAUUAAUGGAGAAUUUUGUAAGAAUGUCACCAGUUAUACUUGAUGACUACCGUAAUUUCACUCCUUGGGGUCUUGACAUGAUAAUAGACGAGGAUUUAAUAGGUCCGUCGUCAGUAUCUGGAGUGGAAAUACGCCCUCUUACAGCUCCAGUUGUCGCAGUGCCAAGUGAGGAGGAGACCAAAGAAUCAGUUGUAGAGGACGAAGUGCGUCCAAAUACCGUUGUUCCUAAUACAGCAAAUGCAUUUGGAAGUGCUAUUGGUAAUGCUAUGAAAAGUAUGAACAUCCUUCAACUUACUAACACUCUGCUUGGAAAAGCCGAACCAGAACCACAACCACAAAAGCAGUCACAUAAUGCAGCUUGGGAUCAAUUGAAAAAUGUCGUAAAUGAGCGCAACGAAGAUGACAUGCCAAUAGAAGACCUUGAACCAGGUAUUGAUGGUCACGUUGAUAUGAAAUUAGAUCAAACAAAGGCGAGAAAAAUUAUGAUUAGAGCUAAGGCAUUUGAACAUCUUUCACAUGGAAAAGCAUGUGUUAAACUCAAAGAAAAGAACGGGAAAUUCAUUAUGAAGCCGGCACCGGCUAUACAUAAACCUAAUGCUAUUCAAGCAUAUUUUAUGGCAAAAGAUCCAAACAAGGAACAGAUGGCAUUAGUCAGACAACGAACAUCAAUUACAACACCUACUGUGUCGUCUGAUAUGAAAGUUAACAAUAAAAUACCUAUUAUGAAAUCUCUUUUGGGGCAUAAAGUUAAAAAGACAACAGUGUCAGAAAUUAUGUCGGAUGCAAGGAAUCGAAAAACAAAGCAUUAUAAAGUUGUUUUGAGAAACUAUCGACAAGAAACUAAUGAACAGGAUGGAAAACCGCAAGCUAAAGAUGGUACUUCAGACCAUAAUGAAACAAGUCCUCAAUGUUCGCCACGAACAUCAUCACGAAAUAAAGUAAAUAAUUCGGAUGGGGAUCCCAUUCUGAGCGAAAAGAAUUUAAAAAGACAACUUCAUCAAGAUUUAGAGCGACAUAAUAUGGAGAGUAUUCAAAAUAGAAUAAAAGUCGUCAUGGAGGCUUGGGGUAAAAAUGAAACUCCUCGACCCCUUGGUGGCGUGUUAUCAAAGAAGGCUCAGGGUCAAACGACAUCUUCUAAUGAUUCAGUGUUUAUCAUUCGACCACCCUCUCAAAAUGACCAUCACAUGGAUAAACAUUCAUCCUCCCAACACAGAGUUAAAUUCAUUGACGAUAGCUCACCUUCACCAUUAGACAGAUCUGCAUCAUCAAUGUCUUUUCGGGAAUAUAAAGAAAACAUGCAUACCAAUAGAUCACCGACAGACCCAAUGAGACUUAUUGUAGAAAACAAAAGACCAGAUAGUAGAUCCGAGAGUAGUUUGAGUUUCGCAACAGGCUAUGGAUCUUUAAGUAAAUUGCCUAAAAGAUCUAGAACCCCAAACCGCCGUUUCCCCUCUAGAUCUACUCCAGUUUCUAAUAGUGAUAGUUUUUCGGAAAUAAGUAUUGAUGCUCCAGCCAAAUUUCUAAGCUCUAGAGAUGCACAUAAAAUGGUUAAAGAACAAAUGAGAAGAGACCAGGAAAAGGAAAGUGCUUUAUUUUCAUUAAGGCGAAGAAUGGCUACAGCCAGUGGAAGAAAACCCUGAUACACAAUUAGAAAAAGUUCAUAUUUUAUACAUGUAAAUGAAAACAAAUUAAAAAAAAAUCCAAAC